UCUCAGGAAAGACAACUCAAUAAUUUGCCCAUCUGACGUGAACUUGUGUGAAUCUCUGAUAUAAACUAGGCUAAUAUUCAUCAGUUUUCAUUCAUUCCUUCACUUUUGACCCUUUAUUUCUAUCUCUUAGUACUCUCCAUUUCUCUCUCCUCUCACUCAUUGAACGCCCUUUCAGACACAACCCGACAACUGUUGCCGUUAGCUCUGAAACCCGUUAUUUCCAAUGGCUUGCGCCACGCCAUGACGGCUUUGCUGUGAUGUGCGGCGAGCGCCGGGAAAAGACAUUUCGGUGUAGCUCUAUUGUCGUCCGGGUGGAAACAGUAUGGAUAACACACGCUGUACAGUGCCAGAAACACGUUGAGAUAACGAAAAAGAAAAAUAGGUGUGAAAACCCCGGGAGGAAGCCGGGAGAGGGCAAUGAAAACCGGGAGUCUCCUGGGAAAAUCGGGAGAGUUGGCAAGUAUGUUUGGUGGUCAAAGGUCAAGGUCACUGUGAUCUCAGAAAACACGUUUUCUCAUAACUCAAUAAUUCAUAUGCUAAUUAUGACAAUUUCACACAAGUGCGUGAUAGAAUAAAUUGAAGAAGUGAUGACAUUUUGGACAAACAUGGAAGUAACUGCAACUUGACUGGUUUGCGGAAACAUAAAACCACAAGGCGGUUAUUCUAGUAGUUCAUUAUUUACUGGCAUUUUAUAGAUCAAACAAUUAGUUGAUUCGUUUUUUUGGCACACAAUUCUGAUGUUCCGAUCUGCUUUUAAAUGCAAAGUCUUUACAGAUAGACUUAAUAUUGGAUUUCAAAAAAGUAUAUUUGUUAUAGAGAUUCAUGUGGGAAAGGUAGGACUCUGCGUGUCCCCACUGACCUGACCAUGAGGCCAUGUCCGUGAACCCAAAGUCCCACAGUCGUUCACACAGAUCCUAUUGGUCUGCCGUCGGUGUAGCAGCAUAUGUAGCAGAGUGAGAGAGUGUGCGAGCCAGCUCCGAGCGGGGAGAGGAGGGGCUUUUAGACUCCACAACAACACCGGCGCGAGUGAGACAGUAGAGAGGAGAGAGAAUGCGGCAGAAGGAGGGAGCGGACCGUCAGUGGCCGACUCUGAGAGAAAGGACAUAGAGACGGAUCCUCACUUUUUUUUUCUCUGGCUUUUCCCUGCGCUUGUUUUGUCUUUAUCACUCCUCACCCAUUUGCUCUCUUUGUCCCUCUUUCUUUCCUUCUACUGACUCUGUCUCUCUGCAGUCUUUAUUCCUCUGUCCUACAUUCUGACUUGCUCACUAUCUGUCUGUCCUCCUCUUCCUCACCUAUGGCUACCUGACGGGCGAGCUUCUCCCUUCCGCCGUCUCUCUUCCUCUCCCACUCUUCCUUCUUUCUCUCCCCUUCUUCUGUUUCACCCCCCGUCUUUACUUUGAUCCUUCCUUCCCUUGCACCUGUCUGUCACCUAUCUGUUGUCUUUUGGUGCGAGGAUGCCAGUGCUGGAGGGGCUCUGGGGCCCAGAUCUCAGCAGGAUGCGGGACUCCGGUCUUGGCGUCGGGGUCUGUCCCGAUGAGGCUCCCCACUCGCCGGUUUGGGGGUCUCUCAGGACUCCUCCAAUUACCUGUGGAGGGCUGUCGCUGUCCCUGGAGCUUCCGGCUCUCAUACGGCAGCUCAGGGCGGCCUGGAGAGCUCGCAGGGGAGGCCCCCGGGGGCCCGAGAGAAGUCAGGCGAGCACUUGGGUGGAAUCAGAGAAGGAAGAGGUAGAGGAGGUGAAGCUUGACAUAGAGGACAGGAGUGCUCAUCAGGAAGCUGAUGGCAGACUGAACACUGGUCAUGCUGGUGUGUUGCUGGUUGAGAGACGAGGCUCCUACCCACUGAUUGACCUGCGAAUCCUCAGAACCAGUGCCCAGCAGGGGGAGGUAGAGGCCGGCACCAGGAGAAAGGUGAAGCGUCUGCUGAGCUUCCAGAGAUACUGCCACGCUUCCAGGCUGCUCAGGGGGUUGGUGCCCCACACCCCCGGGUCACUACACCUACUGGACGACGACUACCUGGGACAAGCUGCGCACAUGCUAUCAAAAGUAGGCACAUGGAACUUUGACAUUUUCCUCUUCGAUCGUCUUACAAAUGGUAACAGCCUGGUGACUCUGAUGUGCCAUCUCUUCAACGUCUACGGUCUCGUUCACCACUUCCAGCUGGACAUGGUCAAACUGCACAGGUUUCUCGGCAUGGUGCAAGAGGACUACCACUCCCAGAAUCCCUAUCACAAUGCUGUUCAUGCUGCUGAUGUCACCCAAGCCAUGUACUGCUACCUGAAGCAGCCCAAGCUGGCAGAGCAGCUGAGUCCCCUGGACGUGUUCCUGGGUCUGAUGGCAGCAGCCGCCCACGACGUGGACCAUCCUGGAGUCAACCAGCCCUUCCUCAUCAAGACCAGACACCACCUGGCAUCCCUCUACCAGAACACGUCCGUGCUGGAGAGUCACCACUGGAGAUCCACUGUGGGAAUGCUGCGAGAGUCAGGACUGCUGUCCCACCUGCCUGCUGACAUGUCGCAGGACAUGGAACAGCAGCUGGGCUCUCUCAUCCUGGCUACAGACAUCAGCAGGCAGAACGAGUUCCUGACGACCUUCAGAGAACAUCUGGACAACCAGGACCUCGACCUUCAGCUCGCCUCACACAGGCACUUCAUACUGCAGAUUGCUCUGAAGUGUGCAGAUGUCUGUAAUCCAUGUCGGGUUUGGGAGCUGAGCAGACAGUGGAGUGAGAGGGUGUGUGAGGAGUUCUACAGGCAGGGUGACCUGGAGAGAAAGUUCAACCUGGAGAUCAGUCCUCUGUGUAACCAGCAGGCUGACUCUGUUCCAGCCAUUCAGAUAGGGUUCAUCUCCUACAUCGUGGAGCCUCUGUUUGACGAGUGGCACCGCUUCACCGAGCCCAGCCCGCUCAGCCAGACCAUGAUGGGUCACCUGCACAAGAACAGGGCCCGCUGGACCCGCCUACGACACGCACACACAGCUUCAGACACGCAAACACACUCGCACGUCGAGCAGCCUGAAGGAGGAGGAGGAGGAGGAGGAGAGGGUGAAGACAUCCCUUAAUCUUCUUGUUUCUUGAGGCGUUUGAUCUUCCUUUGUAAACAGAGGAGAGGAGAGUCCUCCAGGAGUGUCCUCCAGCAUAUUUUCUCCCACUGCUGGUUGUUCACAGGCUCUGAGAGCGGAGAGUCGGGCUUCAAUUCAUGAGAAAUGGCUCCCUCUGCUGGGGGCGGAGUAUUGUAGCCCUGCAGGGGGAAAAAAAGAAGACGAUUUAUGGUGGUGGGCGCGAAUGGAUGGACAAUCUUAGUAAAUACAUGCCAAUUUGACAAAGUGCUCUUUCCUCCAGUGAUAUCUGAGAAAAGCAGGAAUUGAGAGGUUCUAUCAGAUGACGGACGAGGGAUCAACGAAGACGAAGAAUUAAAGUGUUUUGCACAAUGCUGCUAAAGAAAUGAAAAAGCCAAAUUUACGUACAAGUCAGCUGGACUGUGCUGGAAGAGAUGACAUAACAAUAUAUGAAAGAUAAAAGAGGAAUAUAUGAAUAUAUCCACUAUACUAUGCUUUUUAAACUUUUAGACAAUACACACUGUAUUAAGCUCUUUUCACUUUUUUCUCUUUUUGUACAGCUUGCACUUCUAUUGGAUGCUCUUUCGUACAAGUGUCUCACUUGUCUACUUUUCACUCAAGUGCGUUUUUAACUCACUAAGUUGGUAUAAUGUCACGGUACUGUAAACUGUACAAUGUAUUUUAACUGUGUAACCUGUAAGACUGACUGACUGAACUGACCGAUACAACCUUGGAACGCUGACAUCAACCGUCAGCUGGAUGUUUUUUUGAACUCACCGAUUGCGGAGAACACAAACCGGAGCCAUUUUCUAAAGCGUUUGUGUUUCGUGUAAUGUUAUAAACGGUAUAAUCUGUACAUACUGUGAUGUACGAACCUCAGCACUUCACAUGCCAAAAUCUCAGCAAUGUAUUAACCUUUUUACCGGGUAAAGAUAUUUGGGAAAUAUAACUCUUACACUGGCGUUACUUUUGUAACAACA